AUGACGGAAGAGGUGAUUGUCAUCGCCAAGUUUGAUUACAUGGCCCAACAGGACCAGGAGCUGGACAUCAAGAAGAAUGAGCGCCUCUGGCUCCUCGAUGACUCCAAGUCCUGGUGGAGGGUCCGUAAUGCCACCAAUAAAACGGGCUUCGUGCCGUCCAACUACGUUGAGAGGAAAAACAGUGCCAGGAAAGCUUCAAUUGUCAAAAACCUCAAGGACACACUGGGAAUUGGAAAGGUGAAGAGCAGGAAAGGAGGCAUGAGGGACACGGCCUCCAACGCCGACGCCGAUAUGUACGCAGACAACGGCGAGAGGCUGUACGACCUGAACCUGCCCGCUCUGGUUAAGUUCAGCUACACGGCAGAACGCGAGGACGAACUCUCCUUGGUCAAAGGCACUCGGGUGGUGGUGAUGGAGAAGUGCAGCGACGGCUGGUGGCGCGGCAGCUACAACGGACGCUCCGGGUGGUUCCCGUCCAACUACGUCACAGAGGACGUGGACGGGACAGCGGGAGUUGUGGGUGGCCUCGGGGAUCCAUCAGGGUCGCUCACGGAGAAGCUGGCGGCUGUGGUGAACAGCACGGCCAACGGAAACAGAGUGUUACACACCGUGCAGGCUCUCUACCCCUUCAGUUCGGAUAACGACGAAGAGCUGAACUUUGAGAAGGGUGAGGUGAUGGACGUGGUGGAGAAGCCUGAGAACGACCCGGAGUGGUGGAAGUGUCGCAAGGCGGACGGCCAGCUCGGACUGGUGCCCAAAAACUACGUUACGGUGCUGGACUCUGCCUCCCACAAAACAUCAGCGGGGCCCGCUGGGCCACCCACACCUGAUUGUGAUUACAUUUCGCCAUCUGGCAGCGGGCGAUUUGCAGGCAAGGAGUGGUACUACGGGAAGGUGACACGCCACCAGGCGGAGGUGGCGCUCAAUCAGCGAGGCACCGAGGGAGACUUCCUCAUCCGAGACAGCGAGUCAUCGCCGAACGACUUCUCCAUCUCGCUAAAGGCGCAGAGCAAGAACAAGCAUUUCAAGGUGCAGCUGAAGGAGAGCCUCUAUUGCAUCGGACAGCGCAAGUUCAACUCCAUGGAGGAGCUUGUGGAACACUACAAAAAGGCGCCAAUCUUCACUAGCGAGCAGGGUGACAAACUCUACCUGGUUAAGGCCCUGUCUGCAUCCUGA